GGUUAGCCACCCGCUAGCAGCUAAGCAAACGCAGAGGCAGGCAGGCGCGAGAAAUGUGUAUUUGACCACUGUAAGUUAAAAAAAAAACCUUUGGAAAUGAGUUCUUCAGACGAACCGUGUAAAGGGACAAAACGACCCGCAUCCCCUGAUGAAACGGGAUCCACACAAUGGCAGUCGGCAGAUUUAGGUACAGACGAACGGAAGCAGAAGUUUUUGAGGCUGAUGGGAGCUGGAAAGAAAGAGCACACGGGACGCCUUGUUAUUGGGGAUCACAAGUCAACGUCCCAUUUUCGCAGUGGGGCAGAGGAUCGGAGGAUGAAUGCAGAUCUGGAGCAUCAGUAUCAGCAGAGUCUGGAUGGAAAGUUAUCAGGGAGGAACAGGAGACACUGCGGUCUGGGCUUCAGUGAGCCUGAUGAAGUGUCUGAGAGUCCGAACGCCGCUGUGUCUGAGACGUCCAACAGUUCAGAAACUCCCCCUGAACAAGCAUCAGAAGCACAGAAAGAAGAGAAACCCCCAGCAUCAGAUACAGAGCUGGAGAAGCAGGAGCCGCACACACACUCAAAGGAGGACAAGAAAAAGACUCUAAAAAUGGCAUUCGUCAAAUCCACAUAGAUGGCCAAGUCAUUUUUAUCUGUUGUUGCUACAAUUUCUUGAAUUUUUUUUGUGUGAGUGACAGCACGUUUUUAUUUCCUUUAAAACUGAACAAACUGUGCUUUCAUUUUUAAUGUAGUUCUAUCUUUGCCAUAUUUUUCAGUCUUGUUGAGGACUGUGUGCUCUCUGCAAAUGAAAGGCAUAGUUUAUACAAGAAAUGAAAAUCCUGUCACAGUCAGCUCAGCCCGUUGGAGGUUUUCAAGAAAUUAAGGUACAUUAAUUUGAAUAAAUUUGUCAUUUUUUGUGUAUUGAAAGGUGUGAGAAUAUCAAUAAAAAUUACUUUUGUUUUGUGA